GCCAAGGCGCCCGAGGCUUCCCGGGGCGCUCGGCCAGGUCAGUCACCACUGGCAGGUUAUUGUUGACAUUUACUCAUCGUAACAACACGUUAUAUCAGGCAGUCUACCAACUCAGAAUGAAGUUCCUGGUUUUCGGUUUAGAGCUUUUAUCAGUUCUCUCUAAGGAACAUGGAAUCAGAAUUACAGCCAUGCUUUAAUGGAAGAUUCUUGGCUGUGUUGAUAAGGAAGAAGUGUUUCAGUGAAGGCGGUAUUUUUGUACUAUCCUAGAGUAGAAAUGAAGAUUAUAUGCAAAUUGACCCAAUGCUGUUUUCUUAGGGUGUAUCCUUUGUUUUUCUGGUUUUGGUCUUUUCAUCAUAGGAUGGCAUUAGCUCUGUGUCCGCAGGUGCUGUGCAGCCUGGGGGGCUGGCUCUCACUCUACAUUUCUUUCUGCCACCUGAAUAAGCACCGAAGCUAUGAGUGGAGCUGCCGGCUGGUUACAUUCACCCAUGGAAUCCUCUCUAUAGGCCUCUCAGCUUAUAUUGGCUUCAUUGAUGGCCCCUGGCCAUUUACCCAUCCAGGCUCACCCAAUACUCCUCUCCAAGUGCACGUUCUGUGUCUCACCUUGGGCUACUUCAUCUUCGACUUGGGCUGCAUCUGGCGCUUCGCGUGGAGGAAGAGCAUCAAGAAGUACCAUGCCUGGAGGAGCAGGUUGAGUGAGGAGCGGCAGCAGAAGCACAACGGCCAUCUUAAAACACACUAGCCGAGGCUUUCUCCAGACGGUGGAUUGGGUUCAGUCAGCCACGGGACCCAGGUUGGAGAUACGGCUGUUACAGAAUCAGGCUUACAACGAACUGAGGUUUCACAAAAGGGCUA